GUACUUGGUGUACAAACUAAGUCACGCGUCCUUGUCAAGAAGACUGGCUGUGAAGGAGUACGAUUUGGUCAACCGACAAGUCUUCUUCCCUCACUCAAUCUUUGUAAAAGGCAAACCUGGAUUUGAUCCCCACAUUCUUAUUCAUCAUUACACAUACAAUACAUACAAAAAUCUGUUGAUUUCUAUAAUGCAUGAAUGAGGCUUUUCAACUCUCUGUUUUCUUGUUUCAAGAACACCCUGAAACGCGGCGGAGAAAAGGCAGCAGCAGAUGAUGGUAGCGACGGUGAUGAUUCCUGGAACUUGUUUUUUCCUCUGCAAGCCCUGGAAGUAGCUACUAAUUUUUUCUCAGAGGAUAACAAGCUUGGUCAUGGAGGCUUUGGCCCUGUUUUUAAGGGACUUAUGCCCAGUGGUCAAGAAGUAGCUGUGAAAAAGUUAUCACUGGGAUCAAGACAGGGACUAAGGGAAUUUACAAAUGAAGUGAAUCUAUUACUGAAAGUUCAGCACAAAAAUUUGGUCAUGUUGCUGGGCUGCUGUGUUGAAGGGCCUGAGAAGAUGCUUGUGUAUGAGUAUCUUAAGAACAAGAGUCUUGACUAUUUCCUUUUUGAUAGAAGGAAGUCUUCUUUGUUGGAUUGGACGAAAAGAUUCCAAAUCAUUACGGGGGUUGUUAGAGGUCUUCUUUACCUCCAUGAACAAGCUCCUGUAAGGAUUAUUCAUCGAGAUAUUAAAGCCAGUAAUAUAUUAUUGGAUGAGCAAUUAAAUCCUAAAAUCUCUGAUUUUGGGUUAGCAAGACUUUUUCCGGGGGAUGAUACACAUCUCAAUACAUUUCGGAUUUCUGGUACCCAUGGAUAUAUGGCGCCUGAGUAUGCUAUGCAUGGAUAUUUGUCAGUGAAAACAGAUGUGUUUAGCUUCGGGGUUUUGCUGCUGGAGAUUGUGAGUGGGAGAAAAAAUCUUAAUCGGCUGCUUGGUUAUGAAAAGGCAGAUCUUUUAUCCUAUGCAUGGGAACUGUUUCAAGCGAAAAAGAUAAUGGAAUUAGUUGACCCAAGUCUUACUGAAUUCGAUCCUGAUGAGGCAGCAAUGUGCAUACAACUUGGAUUAUUAUGCUGUCAAGCUAGUGUAUCAGAGAGACCAGAUAUGAAUUCUCUUUAUCUAACGCUAUCAAGUGAUUCUUUUAGUUUACCCAAACCUGGCAGACCUGGUAUUCAGGGUCGUGCAGGAAACUGGACUACGACUACUUCUACUGCUCUAACUAACACCAAGGAUAGUAGUAUGCAAUCUGGUAUUACGAAGGCAUCUGGUGGAAGUAGUGCCAGUGAGAAUUAUUCUAGAAAUUCUAUGUCACAUUCAUCCAUGGAUGAAGGUAGAUAGAUACUCCAAAUUGCUUGUAGGCUGUCCUCUGUAAAAAAUUCUUUGUAAAUCCUUCUCUACUGGUAUGUAUAUACCAUCAGGAAUCAAAUAUUUAUAUCAUUAAUCUUUAUUUUAGGGUUUAAGGUUCAAAAGACCUCAGUGUAACUCUGUUCUUGGUAUAAAGAACAGAAACUAUCAAGAAUUUUCCAUUGUAACA